AUGCUCUUGCUCUUUACCAACCAACUAUCCCAACCGGGUACCAGUGUGGAGUGCCAAGGCCUCGAUGAAGUUCUACAAAGAAACAACAAUUGGCUCGUAAUACAUCGAGAUGGUGAUCUGUCCGCGUCACCGCCGCAGAAUAUAUCGGAUUCGUUGUAUUCUUUUGAGAUUGAGGAGUCGCCUCGAGGAAUGAUGCAGUUACCAGAGAAACUGCAUCUGGGUGUUGGUGGUAAUGGGAUUGUUGGAAGAAGGAUUUCAGUGUUGUGGGAUGGAAUUGAAGAAAUGUUUGUUAGCGAUAUGAUAUCCAUCCUACUUGUUUCCUCUCUUUCGCAGCAGGGAAAUUGA